AUGGCAAAAGGAACGAGUAAACAAUUUUCGAUAUUAUCUACUCGUCAGAUAACUCAUACACGUCUCUAUGAUGAUGGAAUACUUGAAACAAAAUAUGAUAUUGAAAAUAAAUUAGGUGAAGGCUCAUUUGGAACUGUUUAUCGUGUUAGAAAUAAAGAAACAGAUUUAUUUUAUGCUAUGAAAACAAUUCCUAAAAAACCUGGAAAUAAAUCUAAAGCAUCAAGUCUUGAUAAUGAAGUUAAAUUAUUAAAAGAAGUUAAUCAUCCAAAUCUAAUUCAACUUCAUGAAGUACUUGAAUCAUCUCAGAAUCUUUAUUUAAUUGUUGAAUUAUGUGAAGGUGGUGAACUAGGUAUGCAUCUAAAAAAGAUUGGUCCAUUACCAGAAGAAACCGUCAAACAAAUUAUGUCGAAAUUAGUCAAUGCUUUGUAUUAUCUUCAUAAAAUGGAUAUUGUACAUCGUGAUCUUAAAUUAGAAAAUAUUUUAUUAAAAAAUACUCCAAAAAGUAAAACAGAUGAAUUUGAUAUUCGAGUUACUGAUUUUGGAUUAAGUUCAAAAAAAAGUAUUACUAAUACUGAUUCACUUUUUAAUGAUUAUUGUGGAACUCCACUUUAUAUGGCACCGGAAAUACUCGACAACAAAAAUUAUAGUGCUCUUUGUGAUGUAUGGGCUUUAGGAAUUAUCAUGUAUUAUUUAAUUUGUGGUCGUCAUCCAUAUGUUGCUAAUGAUGAAAGACGUUUACUUGAAAUAAUUCGUUCACAAAAACUUCGAUAUGAUUCUGAAAAAUUUAAAAAUUUAUCUUCAGAAGGACUUGAUUUUUUACAAGGAAUGCUUAUUUAUGAUACAGUUCAUCGUCGAACAAUGGGUGAAUUAACUGUACAUCCAUGGUUAACGGGUCGAUCAGAUAAAGGACCAGCUAAAGAUAUAAUAACAAUGAUGAAAGAAUUUCAAGCUGAAAAUGAACGACGUCGAACAAUGUCAGAAAAUAAUACUACAAUAUUAUUAAAUGCAAGUAGUAAUGAGAUAAUAUUGCAAUCAAUGCCAAAUAAUCAAUCACAAACACCAUUACCUUCAACUCCAACUAAACAAAAUCAUGUUGAUCAUCAAAUGAAAACAACAUCAAAUCAAAUUAAAGUUAAUACACCAGAACGACGAUCAAAUGUUGAUCGGAAUAAAUUAAAUAUUAAAACAAAUAGAUUUACAUCUGAUACUCUUAAGACAUCGUAUUUGACUGAUUCUAAUCAAAUGCGUCAAACAUCGAAUACUCCAUUAGUUCCUCCAUCAUCAACAAUAUUAUCGAAAUUACGAACAAGUAACAUUCAAUUUGGUCGUUCUCAAUCUCAAGCUGAUUUACUAUCUUCUCCGAAAUUAGCACACAAACGAACAAUAUCUAAUAAUUCACUUGUGGUUGGUGCUUUUCCUUCUCCAUCUACUCCAACACCUCCUUCCAGUGGUCAUAUCACGCCAACACUUAGUAAAACUCCACCGUCUUCUACAACGACUGCUUUAAUGAUGAUUGAUAAAAAUCAUUCAAAGAAUUCCUCUUCAUCUCUUCCAACUAUUUCGAAUCGUUAUCAUCAUACAAAUAAAAUAUCUCUGUCCGAUAAACGAUACAGUAAUCACACAUAG